AUGCUGGAAGAGAUACUUGCAAGUGAUAUUAGACGGCGACUACAUGGAGAGAACCAACAAUCCACUUCAACCCCAGCUUCCAUACCGGUACGAGAUAAAUUUUCACCAUGGUCCAUUUUAAACAAUAUUGUCGGGUCGCAGCAGCAGCAAGUAGGCACACCUUUGUCGUGUGCCAUCAAGGAAGUAGACUCUUACUUAAAAGAUAAUAUUCUACCUAUGUUUAACGACAGUGGGAAAUUUAACUGUCCCUUGCAAUGGUGGCAACAUAACCACCACAUUUAUCCUAAUCUUGCCAUACUUGUACGCAAGUAUGGCAACAUAAUGGCAACUUCAGUUCCGUGCGAGAGGAUAUUCAGCAAGACUGGGCUUACGAUUAAUAACCGCCGCACACAAUUGAAGACACACAAAAUUGCCCAAUUGAUGUAUUUAAAUGUUAACUUAGAUCCAAAAAGAUUUUUGACGGAGUUAUGA